GUUUUACUACAAUUAGUACUAACUUUUUUACCUACAUAAAUAUUCAGAUAUAAAGUACAAUUCUUAGACUUCAUCAUUGAUUUUUACUCAGCAUGAUUUUUGUCAAGCGAAAACCUUAAAUGCAUAAGAUAAAAAUAUUAUGUGAGAAUCGAAAAGUUGAAAAUCUAUGUACAUAUUCUGUAUGGAUUUUUUUCUUUCGAUUUCUAUGCAUCAGUUAGAUAGGUAGGUAUAUUAGGAAAAGAUCAAUAUUUAAAGUAAUUACUUCAUAUACAAGACAAGAAAUUCCAUAGACAAUAAAAAAAAACUUAAAAUAAUCUCAAAGGUAAAUAGGGGGUUUUUUAAAUCCUGAAAAAUGUCGUACGCACAAACCGGGAAGAGGCAAAAAGUGCGGGAAGCGAAAACGGCUGAAAAUGUGGAUUAUUUUCAAGGCAUAGACAAGGUAGAGUACAACAACAUGGCAACGGCCACAGACACCACUAUUUUCCGUUACUACAACAGUAGCGAACGGGUGCACUCGCGCAGUAUGGAGGACUGGCUCAAGUACAGCGUUUCACUUACGGACUUCAGGAACAAUGGGUCAGAUAGCCAAGGGCGACCCACACUCAGCCGUUCCUGGGACGACAACUCACAUACCAUAGACAAUUACAAACGCUACAUCAAAGCGUUCUACGACUUUUGUACCAAACUAGGGAUAAAGUACUGGACGGCGUUUGAUACGGACUUAGUGCCUCCGACAGACAAUUGGGAGGAGAAUAAGACGAAUUGGGAUGAUAUUGUGGAGUAUAUCAAUGAGUUGAAUCAAAGGUGUCAGAUUAAGUUGCUGUGGAUUGCGCCGGAUUUGCAUUCACAUCCAAGAUAUGCGUCCGGUGCUUUUACAAGCAACGAGGCAACCACCUUCGUGCAAGCGGCGACACAGAUCAAGAAGUGUCUAGAAGUAUCACAGCGUUUGAAUGCUGAGUGUUUCCUUCUGUGGCCGUAUAGAGAGGGAUACGACGCCAUCUUCCAAACCGAUGUCGCCAGGGAAAUUAAAUUGUUCGCGAAACUAUUGAAAAUAACUGCCGAAUAUAAAGAUAGACUUAAUUAUAGAUGUCAGCUGCUACUAAUGCCAUACCAUGAUAACUUCGGUUCUAACUACAGUAGUUAUACCAGUGUAGCCGGCCAACGCUGCAACUGGGCCGACAUGCUAAACCGAUACAUGUGGGACUUGACCAGUUGCUUGUAUUUCCUCAAAUGCCACAGCUUGGACCGGUUCUACAAAGUCUGUACUCCGCCUGGUCAUCAUUUGUAUAUGGCUUCCGUGUACAACAUGUUCGGAGGUGUGACGAUAACGAACAAGUUUAAUUAUUCCGAUGGCAAAACCAUCACUUUGAUGAUGAAAUGUAUCGUCGAUCAGGGUGGAGCGCCCCCUGGCGGUAUAAAUCUAAAGCUGCCGUCUCGCCGGGACAGCGAUCUCCGCGAUCUAGUCACUAUGUACGUGAAGUAUAUGGACGCGUUCGCCAAGGGACUGCGGGUCGCUUGCAGUAUCGUCACUGAGCAGGUGUUCGUGAAACACUUACAGCAACGCUAUGCUUCGUAUUAUAGCGGGUUCGGUUCCCGGCUGGUCAGUGCGGAUGUCACAAUCGAGGAAUGCGAAGAGUUUUACAAAAAAAACCAACCCCACAACGAGCCCACGUGCAGCAAACCCGAACACUACCACGUGGUGUUUCAGAGAUACCUCGACACAUGCGAACAUAUAUGAUAUUCGACUUGCAACGGUUUCGCGGGGGACUGCAUUUCUUUACAGCUGUAAUUUUAUACAUAUGGCGAUCGCAUUUUUAGUGUGCCAUACGUAAAAAUAAAUAAAACUAUCAUCUACUGCCUGUAUAAUCGCUAUAAUCUAUUAGCGAAUCCAGAUUAUGUAACAUGUUAUAUAACUUUGAUGUCAACGCUGUUUUACAUUGUUAUAUAACUUAUUGUUGACGAAUUUUAGUAUUUGCUCGGCUUGGGGCAAUUAUAACAUUAUUUUUGAAAAACAAUAAUUAUACGUCCAUUUAUUCAGAAGUUACGAGACUUUGACAGACAGACGGAUGGGAAAAUUCACCCAAAUAUAUACCUCACUUUAAUCGAUUAACGAGCCACUUACGUGUUUCUCCGAGAUUUCUACGAUUUGUUUAUCUCUUAAGCAAACAUAUUAGGCAUAUUGAUUUAGAAUAUAAUAUGAUGUAAGAUUUAUGUUAGAUAGAGAAAGUAUUUAGAUAGGGAAGACGAAACGCUUUUUUUAAGCUUUUUAAUUAGUUUAGAUACUUUUAAAACCUAUUUAAUAGCAGCUCGCAGAAUAUGUGAUAAAAUACUUAUAUAUAAAGCUAUUCCUUUUGUACAAAAUCAAGACAGGACCCAAAAAUCUUUUAAUUUAACGACUUCUGUGGACUGAUAACGGGCCGGCAUGUUGUGAAGUAUGCUCGUAGGUGUCGUUUUACGCAAAAGGUUAUGUUUAUUCGUGUCACACACAAGCGUGAGAAUUUGUCCUCACUUUUUGAAAUACAAACGAAGUUUUGCCUUUCUGGAGUUAUAAUACCUCGGUUUUGUAGCAUAACUUAUACCACCGAUUUUUUUGUAUUCCAAUAAACACUGGAACGUAUCAUAAUUCAUAAGAACAUCGUAAAUAUGAAGUGACUAAUUUUGUCAUACCUGUAUUCAUCCUUUAAGUAUUUCUAAGAGGAUUAUUUUAUCGAUAAAAUUAAAGUAGUAUGUAGCACAACAUAUAGACUGUAGUAGAAUUCGUUUUGUAUAACCCUAGAGUGAUAUCUUCUGAGUGCCAUAGAGAAAUAAGUUAUUUUAAUUAAAAAUCCUAUUGUCAUCAGGGCAAAAGAAAACACAAAAUUCUCUCAUAUUUAUUUUAUUACGACAUUUUGUUUUGUUUUUUGUAUUUUUUCUUAUAUUCACAGCGACUUACACUUAUUAUAGUAAAAUGUAAUACAACACUUGUGCUUAAGUAAAUACAGUUGUAUUCCUUAAGAUGCUCAUAAACGAGCUAAUUUCUUUUCAAUUUUAGAUGCAACACAAAGUUGAAGUGGACGAUAAAUGAACCAGGAUAUACAUGUUAUAUUACACAAAGACCGCUCAGCCUUGGUUGUCGUAGUAAGAGUACGAUAAGCGUUAACGCAUUUGUGUGGUCGAAACUGAUCCCCUCGCACACUAUAACAAUGUGUACGUGUGCACCCACACAAACCGCCAAACGGUCCUCGUUAAAUAGAACUUCUGUAAUACCUUGCAACAUAAUUGGCUGUAUUACCGACUGUUACAUAACACUGACUGUUACAUAACAAUCGAUAUUUACAUUUACACACUUUCGUGACAGUAACUUUGAUUGUUAGUGCACUAAUCCGAUGUAAACCCAAGAAAUGCGGUCGGAAAUAGCCUUACAGCCAAAAUUAAUAAAAAUCAAUUUAUCUAUAAUAAAAUCUGUCGACACUUAUUAGUACCAACGUUCUGUAAAAAAAAAAAUCCUUUAGUAUAUAGAACAACCUAUUUGUCUGAUUCGGAUCAGAUGUCAUUAUUAGUAUUCGAUUCUAUUUAAACUAUUAUUUUUGAUCUAUUUCAAGGAUUCGUAUCGGACUAGUGCACAAUCGCUUGCAGGCGUCAAACAUGAAUUUUAUCAAUUGAUUGGGCUAUAUUGUCGGCAAGAUGCAAUUUUUAUAGCCGGUUUAUGAGCAACUUAAAAUAACAAUAUGGACCAAUAGUUGCUAAGCAACACUUAGAUAUUAAAUUAAAAUAACUGGUAGAAUGUCAGACUGUAAAACUGAAUAGUAUAAUGUCAGAUCGUAAAACUGAAUCGAAAAGUAUAUAACAAGUUAAGAUUGUUAUAUAACAUUUAUAACUCAUUCUUAAUGCGGGUCUUUUUAUACACACCAUUUGAAAAUAAACUGUAAAAAGACAAUGUUAAAAGAAUUCUGUGUUGUUGAAGAAUUCAGUACAAAAUAAUGUGUUUUUAAUGCAUUGAUAAGUGUGUAUUUAAGUGUACCAGUAUAAUAUACUUAAAUGUCUUUGAUUUAAGUAGGUUAUAUUAUUUUUAGACAUUUCACAUUUUUAUACAUUAAGUGAAUCUUAAGAUUAAAUAUUUUAUAUUACAAUUCUAAAAAUAAAUAAAAAAUUAAGCACACUAACUUUAAGCGUUGAGAAAUCGUUCUUAAACUAAUAGUUUACUUAUAGCUACUAAAUUUCACUAAUAAAUAAACGGAUCCAAAAUUCAUUACUAUAUGUUUCAAUUGAAAACAUUACAUUUUAAUUUUAUUUUUUAAGAGGAUACGGGGGGGGGCUUAACUUUACUUAUAGCUUGGUUUUUUAGGGUUCCGUACCCAAAGCCAAAGGGUGCCAACGGGACCCUAUCACAAAGUCUCCGAUGUCCGUUCAUCUGUCUGUUAGCAGGCUGUAUCUGAAGAACCGUAAUAGGUAGAGUUGAAAUUUUCACAGGGUAUGUAUUUCUAUUGUCACUAUUACAAAUAAUAAAAAUUUCAAAAGGCAAUGGCGGCCAAAUUAAAAAUAAAUAAAAAUUACAGUGACAUCUUGUUACGAUGGUACGGAAUCCUUCGUGUGCGAGUCCGACUCGCUUUUCACCAUGCCUUGUUUUGAAUGAAUCCUAAAAUUAAAUUGAUGGGCGAUAUUGAUAUGUCGGUCAUACGACAAAUCUUAAACCUUUUUCAGUUUUUGCGAAACAAAAAACGUAACUUAACUCUUGUCAUCUUGUUUAAGAAAUUGACCUAUAGUCCAAAAACUAAAAAAUAAUAAGUCUAAGAUUAAAAAUUUUUAGCCAAAUUAAAAAAAUUGGGCUAUAAAAUUCACUAAUACUGAAAAAUAGACUAAAAUAUAAUUAAAUGACAGUGUACUUUGGAAUGAGCGUAGACUAUUAAAUCGUAAAAAGUUCAGAACACAUUCUGUUUAUUUAGUCAUAAAAACAGUAGUAGAUUGUAAGGUUGCUGCCCCAAAAGUUAAUAUACUCAAACCAGUCUAUAUUAUUUAUAAUUUAUAUACAUGUCUAAAUACUUUAUAAUAUAAAUUAUACAUAUAUACUCAAACGACUCAAACCAGUCCAUAUUAUUUAUAUACAUAUCUGAAUAGUUCAUAACAUAAAUUAUACAAAUCAUAAAUAUAUGUAUACUUUAUAUCACAUAGUUCUGUAUAUUUUGUCAUCUAUAUGAAAAAGUAGUAAAACCAAAUAUUAUAAAAUUAGUGCUAACACAUAAGAAAAAAAAUGCCAUUGGUAGUACAAAAAAAAAUUUGAUUGUAUUGUUAAAUUACCUAUUAAAAAUAAAAUAAUUUGUGUAAAAAAUUUUGUGUCUUUAUUCAGAAAUACAAUAUUUAUAUAUUUAUGUAAGUAAAUGUCUAUCUUGUGCAUACUCAGCAAUCAUGGUAUUUCAUAUAUUAGUCGCUCCAUGAUUUUAUAAGUUUUCAAAAUUAUUAUUUAUUCAUUGGAAUAGCUAUUAGGUACGUAAAGAUUCAUAACAUAAUACAUACUUUUUUCAGAGUCAUACAUUUAAAAUAUUAUUUGGUGGCCUUAAAGACUUUAUUGUUGUACCAUAUUUAGACAAUCUUGACUUGUCAAGAUCAUUUCAGCAUCAUUUCACUUUUACUCAAUGGGGGUCACGUAUUAUUAUCAUUGUCAAGUAUUUAUUUAUUUGUCAAGUGUUAUUGUUCAUUUAUGAACGACCUCAUAAUUCCAAGAAACUUUUACUCGAUAAGGGUCACACAUUUUGUCAAGUAUCUAUUUAUUUGUCAAGUAUUAUUGUUAAUUUAUGAAUGAUAAUUGCAAGUGACUUACUCCAUGAGAUCACACAUAAAUUGUCAAGUAUGUUUGUGGCCUGAAUUAAAAUUUCAAAAUAAACGAAUAAAAAAUUAAAUAAACCGUGGCGGUGGUAUAUAUUCAACUAUGACUUAUGACUUAUUCAAAAUAGGGACUUCAUUAAUAAUCAUGAAUCCCUAUUAAUUAACGUAUUAUAAAAAGCGUGUGUGUGCUAUUUGAUAAAGUAUAGCGCGAUGUACGAAUGACCUAUUCAAUAUGAGUAAAUUAUAUGUUUACAAACAAUACGAGUAUGAUGAUAUAAUUUUUAUAGUACAAAUCGAUGGACAAAGAUUUUCCGAUUGAAAUAUAUUAAGUAUUCAAAGUGUAUUACAUAAUUAGUAAGCACGUAUUUCAUUAUUUGCGCCGAUAUAUUUUUUGAAUAUACAAAUUACUUUUUUUUACUAGACAAUUUUUUAUAUGUAUUCACUAUGGAAGUGUUGAUAUUGCUCAUAGAAAAUUAUAAUUAUUACACCAAAUAUUGGGAUGGGGCGCAACGUUUUUGUUAAGAAUAUUGCCACUUUAUUUUUAGAGGAACCAAUAUUCUUUGGCCUAAAAUUAUCUAAAAGUAUUAGACAUUAUUUAAAUAUUGUUAUUGCGUUAAUAAACUUUUAAAAAUUAAAG